AUGAUUGAUUAUAAAUAAUUUAUAAAAGUAGAAAAUAAUAAAAAAGUUGAAUAAAAAAUUUUGAAAUUUAAAUUCCAAAUUAAGAGAAAGCAAACCAUAAAAAUGAAAAAUUCUUAUUAGCUAAAGAAAAUUGCUCUAAAUAGCUUUUGUAAUAUCGACAAAUAAAGCAUUUAUAAUAUCAUUUAACGAUUGGGUCAAUUAAAGGAAGAAUAUUAAUAUUUUGAGUAUUUUGAAAACGAUUUUAAUUCUGUAACUUUUACUUCCUUCAACUCAAAAAUUAAAGAAAAUGUCAUUUUGAAAUUUUUUUGCUCAGAAAUUAAUAGCUUAAAAUAAUCUGAAGAUUAAUAAUUAAGAUUCAUCAGAGAAACAAAUUAAAUAGAGUAUUAAUAUUCUCAAAAGCAACUCAUUGUUGAUCAAUUUCUUAUUUAUGAAUUUACUUUUUUGAAAUAUGCUAUGUACGAAAGAAUUGUUUUGCCAGAAGAGAUAAAUAACAGUAACUAUAAUUUUGUGAGAAAUUUGCUAAUAAAUAAGCAUUAUUUUAACAUCGAAAUGCAAGGUAUCAAAAAAAUAGGCAAUUUGUUAUCUUAGUGUAGCAAUUUAAUCAAUUUAGACCUAAUUCUUUUCUGGUGUAAAAUAGGAAUAGAAGAAAUAAAAGUUAUAGCAAGAAGUUUAUCAAAUUGUGUUAAACUAAAUUGCCUAAACAUAGACUUGCAAGCUAAUCAUUUAGGUUCAGAAGGGAUUUCUUAACUUGGAAAGAAUUUGUCGGAAUGUUAAAAUUUAUAGGUUUUAAAUUUACUUUUAUGUUAAAAUUAAAUAACUUCUCAGGGAAUAAGAUCUUUUAUUUACUAAAUAUCUAAAUGCAAUAAAUUGAAAUCUCUGGGGAUUAAUCUUUAAAAUAAUUCAAUUGGGUAAUAAGGGGCAGAAGAAUUAGGUAAAGGAAUACAAAAACUUGAAAAUUUAAUUACUUUAAGUCUUAAUCUUUCAAAAUGUUUUAUAAAUGAUAUUGGAAUAUCAAUAUUAGCCCAAAAUCUCUCAAGGUGCUCAAACUUAAAAAUGAUUUAGUUAGAUUUUUCGUUUAAUAACAUAACAUAAAGUGGAUUUGGAUUAUUAAUGAACGAGAUAAGAAAUUGCCAAAAAUUAAUAAAACUAGAAUUCAAUUUAGAAAAUAACUAAAUCGGUUAAAAUGGGACAGUUUAUCUAAUAAAAUCUUUUAUAAAUUUCAGAAACUUAGAAUAUAUACAUAUGAAUUUAGAGAAUAAUUUCCUUUCAAAUAGCUAAAAAUUUUACAUUAAAUCCAAGUAACUAAAAGGUCUGCGCAUAGUUAUAGCUAAAUUUCUUGUUUGA